CCGCGGGGGUAGGGCGCGCGGGUCGGCGCAUGCAAUAUAAAACCGCGUGCACUUCCUCGUAUUCACUUUGCAUUGCAGCUUUGCUAAAGUCACCGGGGACCGACAGCAGUCUUUGAAGCCUUAAAAUGAGUUGGGAUCCAUACGUCGACAACAUUACCAAGAGCGAGUGGAUCGACGACGCUGUGAUCGUCGGGUGCACCCCGGGCCAGGAGUCCGUCUGGGCGGCCAAGGCGGGCGGCUGGCUGAGCGGCGUCACGCCUUUGGAGGUGAAGACUCUGUGUGGAACGGACCGUGGUGCCCUCUUCGCCCAGGGCGUGACCCUAGCAGGGAGGAGGUGCACUGUACUGAGAGAUGCACUGCACUCUGACGGCCAGAACACCAUGGACCUCAAAAUGAAGACUUCAGAUAAGGAACCUCAUCCUUACCCCUUCACCGUCGGCAAGACAUGCAAAGCUCUCAUUAUAGCUAAAGGCGUGCAGGACGCCCACGGUGGGAAGGUGAACCCCCCCGUGUUUGACAUGACCGCGUACCUCAGGAAGAUGAACCUCUGAGACGCUGUGCCACAUCUGCCCUGCCCCCCCUCCCCAACACACACACACACACACACACACACACACACACACACACACAUGCGCGAACACAGGGUGGAUUAGAAGUAGAAUUCUGAUUGAAGAUCAGCUGUUUGUGUGGUGUGAAUGCUCUACAGCUGGUCUGAUGUCAGAAUUCCCACCACCUACUCUGAGAGCUACUGUCUGCUCUCACACACACAAACCCUCUAGGUGGGCUUCACCAGAUCGUGUGGAGACAGGCUUCAGUCGAUCAAGCGGUUCUGUUCAUGCUGUUAUCUAUUCAUGCUGUUAUCUAUUCGCUGAUGGCUGAUGGACGUGUUCACUGAUUAGCUAAUGAAUAGUACUGCACUGGAUAUUGGGGCUUCAUUUUAGGUUUUUAGCAACUUUACUUGUUUGUUGCUUUAUUGAUACUGUUACUGAACAAACCUCUGCCCAUGGUCUGCCAAAUAAAGAGAGUAAAGUUGUACCAAGA